UCAAAUAUUACUGGCAGGUCACAAAGCGAACGAGGAACUCGAGUUAAUCCAAGAGGGUCCCACUCAAUAUUGAAGGUUUCUCUUUUGGCAAGUGAGUGGAAUUCAUCAAUGGGAGGAUUGUCCACAAUUAACAGACACCUCGCCAUUCAAUUGGGACGUCACAAGCAAAUGGAAGUCACUUUCCUUGUUCCUCCAUCAAGCUGCUCUGAAGAAGAGAAAAGAGCCGCAAAAAGUCACAAUGUUAACAUCAGGGAAGUACAGAGUCGUCCAGGUUUCAACUCCCUUGACUGUCUGAUCUCUCCACCGAAAGACCUGGCAAUUGAUAUAGUAGUGGGUCACGGUCAGAAGCUUGGUAAACAAGCCCAAUUCAUCACAGAAUCGCACGGUUGCAAGUGGAUUCAGGUAGUGCACACUUCACCUGAGGAUCUAGGAAUGCACAAAGAUUAUUCCAUGGCCAUUCAAAAGGGUGAGGAGAAGAAAACAACCGAAGCAGAGUUAUGUAAAUUAGCAGAUGCUGUUGUUGCAAUUGGACCGAUUUUGGGGGAGACCUUCUCGGCUUAUCUUCGCUCAUGUGGAAGACAGCAAGAUAUAAUUGAACUGACUCCAGGCAUCUUCAGCGAAUUUUCGACUUUAAAACAUGCUGCAGUGGACAAUAUAAACUUUAGGGUGUUGACCUUUGGUCGUGGUGAUCAAGAAGACCUUAAGCUGAAAGGAUACGAUAUAGCUGCCAAGGCAAUAGCUGAACUCAGCGACCCUUCUUACCGCCUAAUUUUUGUGGGUGCACAUGGCGGAAAAGAGGAGUAUGUUAAGGAAUUUUUGCUUCGGAGUGGAAUUCCUGAUACUCAGCUGACUGUGCGAAGGUUUGUGCAAAACAAGGAGAAAUUGGAUGAUCUGUUUUGUGAGGUGGAUCUUUGCAUUAUGCCAUCAAGAGCAGAGGGUUUUGGCUUAACGGCCCUGGAGGCUUUGUCAGCUGGUCUUCCCAUUCUUGUCAGUGGUUAUUCUGGAUUUGGAGAAGCACUGUGCACUGUGCCGUCAGGCGAAAAGGUUGUUGUCAAAUCUAAGGAUCCCGAGGUAUGGGCAAAGGCAAUUUCCGGCGUCCGCCAGAAGAAAAGAUCACAGCGACUUGAAGAGAUUCAGCAGUUACGGUCUGCCUAUGAAGAGAAGUAUAGCUGGGGAAAGCAGUGUGAAAAUCUCGUGGAGAAGAUGUGGGACAUAAGUUAGGAAUCACCAUUUCAUCAAGAUAUCUGAGUCAAAAAAGGUGGAUUUUGCUGGCUGGGUUUGUUCAGUUGCCCGUCUAUAGCAAGU